AUGAAAUUCACUUGUUUUGUUUCCAUUAUACCUUUCAUACAGGGUGUCCUGGGCUCUGCAGAAGUGUUAGGUGGCUCACCCGCGACAAUCAACGACCUUCCCUAUCUGGUCAGCAUUUCGAGAUCAGGCGCAUAUACCUGUGCUGGUGUUAUUAUCAGCGGAAACCGUAUCGUUACUUCUGCACAGUGUGUCUAUGGUCUAGAGUCAUCACCCACGAGCUUUUCCGUGAGAACAGGCUCAAGCAAUCCGUCUCUCGGAGGACAAGUAUUUACGGUAUCAAAGAUUUCUCGGAAUUCUCGGUUCGACCCUGUCACCAAUGAUUUCGACGUUGCUGUGCUCCAUCUACCGAUCGCCAUCGUUCCCGGUCCAACUGUCAAGCUGGUUGAUUUUGUUCAGUCUGGUCAGGAGCCAGAGGAUGGCGCUGAAUGCGUGGCUUCUGGCUGGGGCAACUUGGAAAGACAAUUACAAUCAGUGACACUUCCUAUCGUGAACCGAGAAAAAUGCAAUGAGACUUAUGCCGACCAAAUCACGGAGCGUAUGAUCUGUGCUGGCUCGGAGACUGGUAAAGGUACCUGUCCAGGAGAUCGUGGUGGCCCGGUUACCUGCGGUGGUAAACUUGCGGGAAUCAUCUCGCAGACUAAUGGAUGCGACCUGCUUGGUCGUCCAGACGUUUUCAUAGAUGUCGCCAACUCUUAUAUUCAAUCUUGGAUAAAGAGUCAGUAA